GCACACACACACACACACACAAUGCACAUGCCCAAGGACAGGCCUCUUCUAGCUGAAGCGUAGAGGAAGCCGGCUUCCUCGCUUCACUCUCAGGGUGACGGCACUUUUAAAAGAGAGGAAAAUAAUCUCCCCCGCAGCAGCCGGAAAACAGAAAUGUAAGGUUGUGGCCUUUCUGUUGCUCUUUCCCCCCCCCCACAUCUUCUUCUGGUGCCUUUCAUUCUGCUGCGAGGAGAUCUCUGGAUGCGCCGACUGGAUGACUGAGACGGCAGCGAGGGGAAGCUCCUUGGUUUUGUUGUCAGGAGACAGAGGCGCCUGACAGGAGACCGACUCCUCUUCAAGGAUCCUAACGAGAGCUGAAACUACAGAUGAGAAUAAUGUCUGAUGAGACGGAACAGAGGAUGUGCGAUGAAGACUUUGGUUCGGACGAGGAAGGCGAGGAGGGAGACGUGGAGUCCUUUCUGGAGGACAACAGCAGCGAGCUCAUGGACCGACUGAAGGAGCUGGAGGCGGAGAACUCAGCUCUAAUGUUGGCGAAUGAAAGUCAGAGAGAAGCUUAUGAGAGAUGUUUGGAUGAGGUGGCCAACCACGUGGUCCAAGCUCUUCUGAACCAAAAGGACCUGAGAGAGGAGUGCAUCAAGCUGAAGAUGUUGGUGUUUGACCUGGAGAGGCAAAACCGAUCGCUUUGUGAGCUCUUUCAGCAGAAACUGCCCAACCACCCCACGGCCCACUACCAGGUCCAGGCGGGACCCCUCCCAGACUACAAUGCACAGCUGCACAAUGACUCUGCCAAACAGGUGGAGCCUGCACAGACUGAAGCCCAAGCCAAGGGAAAUGGCUACCGCACACAGCAUGCCUCCCCUGGCCCCCGUGGCCCUGCCUCCUCCAUGGAGGCCCUGUCUCCCUUCUUCAAGAAGAAAGCACACAUCCUGGAGGUACUUCGCAAGAUGGAGGAGACAGACCCUCUGAAAUUCCACCCCUCCACCGCAAGCAUGUCUUUCUGCGACUACAGCCAGGUGCUCAUGUCCACAGAGGCUGUGUUGGCCACUGCGGACCCCAUUCCACUACCCUGCAAAUCCCACCACACACACUGCCACUACUCCUGCUCUGACACUGACUCCCACCAGCGUGUCAACGGCGACGGGGCAGUGAAGUGUGAGGCAGGGAACGCCUGCUGUUUACACUGCAAGAGGAGCCCAGACAGUCCUCCACAGCCAUGCAACCAUGUCUGUAGUCCUUCAAAAGCCAACUCCGCCGCCCAGAGCCAUGUCCUUCCUGCAGCUGCCGCAAGCGAAUGUCACAGUAAGAACCGAACGGCGGAGUCCGCCCCCCCGUCCAAACAAUGCACCAAGAAUGAAGCCCACCAGCAGCCAGCGGGCGCCGCCGCCCCCCCCUUAGUCACAGAAACAGAGGAUCCGAGUCUGGAGUCGAUGGAGGUGGAGCAGGAGAGCCCUGAGAGUUGUCUCAACUCUGCUAGUGUCGCUGAAGAGCUCACUGGUUUCUGUCCCACCUCCCACCUGCCCACUUCUGAGAAGGAGAGCGCACGGAUCUCCCACUGCGACGCGGAGACGAGCGACGCCGGUCAUGACGGCGUCGAGACCGCCGUGCCGGACGACCCCGCGGCCGUCCCCGAGAACGACCGCACAGGUCAGGAGGCUUGUUCCGCGAGAGCCGGCGGCUCCGUCAGCCCGAGCACGUCGUGCCUCAGCGACGUCAAAGCCGCCGCCGUCAACUCGCCGUCCAAGCUGCUCAAGUUCUUGAAGAUUCCGUUGAUCGGGGAGAAGACGCAACCUUCGGCCGCCGCCGUCCGUCUGAGCCCGCAACUCACCCGCAGCUCCAGGAUCCCGUGUCGCACCAACAACUACGAGGUGUACCACUCGCCUGUUCCCACGCGCAAAGCCACCACCACAGAGAGGUGCAGGCAGCCCCCUCCACCCCCCACCAGGUCGGAGUCCUACCCCGCCACGCACUCGGCGCCGACCUCACCUCCUCAGCCUGAAGACGUCUCCCCCCCACCCGCUCAGGGUAUGAGCUACAGCAGCCUCUCUGCACCGAAAGCCAGCGCCGCUUCGAAGACGGGAGCGCCCUCCUCCGCGUCCUCCUCCUCGCCCAAAGUAUCUCAGAGGGUCCCUCAUUAUGAAAACGUCUGUGUUAUGUCUCCCAACUCCAGAGAGGAGGAACCAAUCCAGGGCCUUGAAAAAAGAACCACACUUCCAUCCCAAACAAAGACAAACGGGGGUGAGAGGAAGCUCGUUAAAUCGCUACCAGAAAGUGUCCUCGACCCUCCUCCUCAGCGGAAGCAGUCGUCCUCGUCCACGUCCUCGUCCACGUCCGAAUCCACGUCGGACGAGGACGAGGAUUCGGACAGCCCCGUGUGGGUGAACCACCACGGCCUGCCUCACGCAUCCGGCAUCAGCAAGGUCGCGCAGGUCAGAGCCCACUUCUCCCAAAGCAGAGAGAAGCAGGAGGCCGAUGUGAGGGAGGUCACGGUGCAGAGCUCGGCGGUCGCCCACCAGCCGCCGCCACCUCCGGUCAGGAGGAGCGACUCCUCUUCCAUCCCCAAGAGGCCGGUGGCCGUGGCCACGAGAGCCCAGGCGGAUUCCAGUCACCACGCGUUCAAAGAGCGGCUGGCUGCGCUGGGAAAGCUGAGGAGCUCUGAGGAUUUACAAGUCGGUCUCAGGCCGGUCAACACAGUGAAUGAGGCCUCCUGUGGAGAAGAAAGGGGCAAGGAGCCUCCGGAGAUCCAAAAAGAGGAGCAGAGACAUUCAAAAUACAUGGAGUCUUCGGAUGGUAAACCCAGAGUAACUAGUGGUGGUUUGAAGUACCCGGGUUCAUCUCAGCUCUAUGACCAGGCUGUCAAAUCCUCUGGUUCAGUUGUGGUGAAACAAGAACUGUGCGUGGCCAAGACAGAAGGCUCCAAGAGUAAGAUCAGUCUGCCGUCCCCCAACGCAGAUGCUCCACAGGUAUUACGCAACAACAUGAAGUGUCCUGGCUCCCUGAAUCUGGCCUAUAACCUUAAACCAGUGGUCGGUCCUCACAGCAGCAGCAGCCCCAACAGAAUUCCCCCAAAGUCGCCGUCCAAACCGUGCCAGGGCCCGUCGGUCCCCAGGGGGGGGAAGCCGCCCGCAGAGGCCCCACGCUACUCGUCCAAAUCCGAGGAGAGGACCAAGAUCAGCGGCAAAGGGAAAAAGAAUCCCAUGUACGGAGACAGUCUGCCGCCGCCUCCCCCGAGACCUCCGCUGUCAGAGGGGGAGAAGCCGGCGCCGCCAGUUCCCAGCCCGCAGUCCGCCAUCGAGCAGAAGGUGAUGAAGGGCAUCGAGGAGAACAUGCUGAAGCUCCAGGAGCAGGACCGAGGGGCGCAGCCCCCCGAGGUCAAGCAGAAAGCCUCCAACGGCAUCGCCAGCUGGUUCGGCCUGAAGAAGAGCAAGCUGCCAGCGCUCAGCCGCAAGACGGACGCGACCAAAGCGAAGGAGGAGAAGAAGGAGUGGAAGAUCAACAUCCCCUCGGUGGGCAGGGACUCUGUGAAAAUGGCCACCAGGUGUAAAGAAGGAGUGGAAGGCCUGAACAUCUCGUCACUGAUGGAGAAGGCGGAGGGGCUGAGGAGGGCGCUGGAGGAGGAGAGGGCGUACGUGGAGAGGUCAGGGAGGGGUCACUCCUGUGAGGUGGUGAUGGACCAAACUCAGGGACAGCUGGCUGUCAUGUACAGGGGAGCACGCUCCGACAACUUCAUGCAGCAGCUGUUGAACAGAGUGGACGGGAAAGACGUGAUCAGCGUGCCACAGCGUCGGCUCUCGUUCGAUUGUAAGACGUCCAAGCCGGUGUUUUUACAGCAGGGCGACGUCAUCAGUCACACCACCAGCCGGGACGAUAUGGAGAAGGGAUCAGACAGAAUUGGCAAGAUCACGUCAGAUGAAAAUCUUGCGGAUUCAGUUCACUCCCAACACUUUGCAGCUUCCGGUGCGUCCACGUACACCCUGGACAGCGGCAUCGGCACGUUCCCCCUGCCCGACUGCAGCAGCGGCGCAGCAGGGCGGAGCCUGUCCACGACGAGGGCCGGGGCCGAGCGCCAUUCCUCUGGCUCCCCGGGGAGGGCCGGCCGACGCGCCCGCACCCUGGACAGAGAGCCCACGUCACAGGAGGACUGCUACGCGCCGCACAAGCAGCUGAUUCCUACCAUCCAGUAUGGCUCCGUGCUGGAGGGAAGAAGCUGCGCCGGCGUCAUCCGUGAAGACAAAGAGGUCCACGGAGCGAACAUGUUUUCCCCUCGCUUGAAGACUUGGACCUUCCCCAACCUGAAGACGCCAGCCGGCCCUGCAGAGGUCUACCUGGCGGUGGAGGAGGAAGAAGAGGAGGCGGUGUCCUUUGGAUCCCCAUUCAGAGGGAGCAUGAAGGCCGGCGGUCCCUCCUCCAGCCGGGUCAACGACCCCGGCAGCUUGCCCGUGCCUGCCCAGUCGGGGAUGAUCCGCAGGGGGAAGACUCGGACUCCCAGUGUCCCUGAGAUGAGCAGGGAGGCCGGGCUGGAGCUGCUCAGGGAGCGGCCGGAGGAAGCUCUCUCGCCAAGCCGCCCUCAGGUCCCGGAGACCCCCGAGUCCCUCAGCGAUUCUCUGUACGACAGUCUGUCGUCCUGCGGAAGCCAAGGAUGACCCCGCCAAGGGUUGGGGAGGACAGAGAGCGGCGCAUGGAGUCCACAGACAAUGAGACACAAGCCCGCUCUGAACAUGUCUUCUGGAUGCCGGCUGUACUGCGAUGCUGCCGAACCCACCGCCAUCUUUGAGAAAGAGAAGCUGCUUUUUUGAUGUUCACAAGAAUAUUGUGGUGAUGCUUUCUCAUCAGCUGUUUCUCUGUUGCAACUGGAAAGAGAUCAAUAGACUUCUCCUCAGGAUUUCCUAUAAACAUGAAGCCAAAAGCCACCCCAAAUCAUAUAGGCUGUUCACCUUUUUCACAAUCAAGACUCUUGUGGACACUCUUUAUUCAUGUAUAGAGGACUACAAAACGCAUGGCUAAGCAAAUGAUUAGCACAAAAGUGAUCACUCCUGGGAGUUGUUCAGCAACGUGUCUUUUGUUCAUCAUCAUCGUUGUUGUGUACAUCGAGGAAGAGCUGAUCUGUAUCAAUACCUUCAUUCUGGACAUCAUUUCCGCACAAUGUAUUGAAAAAAACGAGCUCCGUAAAAAAAAUGAAUGUUAAUGUCUGUGAUUCUUUAUUGCUAAACUCAUGCAUCACAAUUUUAAAUGUAUAAACAAUUUUAUUGAACAUGUUGAUAUCGUUUUGCAGCCAAUGAAGGUUGUCUGAAAAUUUCAGUUUUGAAUCAUUUUACAUUUAAAGGUAAUAUAUACCAGCAAUAAUAACAUAGAUAUGAGAAAUGGCUACACUAUUCAAUGAAUAUGUAUUCUAUUAUUUAUUUAUUUUAAAUGUACAUCAUUUACAGUCAUCUUAUUUUCUUUUUGUAAUCCUUCUGUGAAAUUGCAGUCUCUUCGCUUCGUAGAUUAUGUUCAUAUCUGGUAUUUCAACAUCUCCGUUGCUGUUCGUUCCCUAGCCAAUAGAGGUCCUAUGUACCUACUGCCGUUUUUCAACUUUCUAAUUAAAAUGUUUUGAUUUA